UGGUAUCAAUACCUACCGGUUUUACUGCUCCAUCACGAGCCACUGGGAACGGGUUGCCCGGGAAACGGCCGCAUGGCAACAGGAUCAGAGCCUGGGGGUUGUCUGCUUCUAGGUCUGCUCCCAUCUUACAUCGCAUUUCCUCACUAGAUGGUGUGCAAGCCACUGGAGAGAACACUUCCCCGCACAGCGAGCUGUACAUCCAGCUAAACAAACCUGGGAAACUAUAAACCACGGAGCGUUUCUUCACUGGGUUCCGAGGCGGAAAAGUGUGGAGUUAAAAAAAAAGCCGUCUGUCGCGUUAGGGUUUUUUUCUUUCUUUAAAAAAAAGGAGCUUUUUUUGGGCAACAAGAAUACUUGGGAAAGGAAAAAGCGACCACAAACAGCUGUGAUGGACAUAAUGAUUGCGGUGCAGGAUGCUUGUGUCUUUGGUCAGUGGCUUACUGCGAUUAUUUUCAGCCUGUGCUGCUUUCUGCCGUCCUGUUUGCCAGCCGGACAAACUGUGGACUAUUCUUCGGUGGAGAAUGUGGUGAGCAGACAAGGCGACACGGCUCUGCUGAGGUGCUAUCUGUUGGAUGGGAUCUCUAAAGGAGCCUGGCUGAACCGCUCAAGCAUCAUUUUUGCAGGAGACGACAAGUGGUCCGUGGACCCGCGUGUGUCCAUAGUGUCCAGUGUUGGUGACAAACACGAGUACAGUCUUCAGAUACAAAAAGUGGAUGUUACCGAUGACGGCCAAUACACGUGUUCAAUUCAGAGCGAACGCAACCCGCGGCCCAAGCUCCUCAACCUGAUCGUAAAAGUUCCGCCUAAGAUAUAUGACAUUUCCUCUGACAUCACAGUAAAUGAGGGCAGCAAUGUGUCGCUUAUCUGCACAGCCACUGGGAAACCUGAGCCAACCAUUGCCUGGAGACACAUAACCCCAUUAGCCAGGAAGCAUGACAGCGGCGAAUACCUUAACAUCACCAGCAUCACAAGGGACCAGGCUGGAGACUACGAAUGCAGCGCUUUAAAUGACAUUGCCUCUCCUGACACCAAAACAGUAAAAGUCACUGUCAACUUUCCACCGAGUAUCCAUGAAAUGAAGAGCCACGGAGUUGGUUUGGGGCGCACAGCACUGCUGCGGUGCGAAGCUGCUGCUGUGCCUUCUCCAACCUUUGAGUGGUACAAGGGUGAGAAGAGGAUCAUUAAGGGCCACGGUAUCGACAUCAAGAGCCUCAGCUCCAGAUCAGUCCUCACUGUGACCAACAUGACAGAAGAUCGUUACGGGAACUACACGUGUGUCGCCACCAACAAGCUGGGGACGGCUAAUGCCAGCGUGCCUCUUAUUCCGCCCAACACUGCACCCUAUGGGAGCACAGGAAGCGCCCACAUCCCGCUGGCCUGCCGAUACCUGGUCCUGGCUCUCUCCUCCUUCAUCAGCGUGUACUAGCAGAGGCCAGCCCAGACACAAUGACUGUCCAGAGCAUUUAUGAAUCCUUUUUGACGUUGCUGAUGGCUGGAAUCCAAUCUGGUGCAUUUUGUUGGAAAGCUGAGGUGGGAAAAUAAUCAGCUUCUUUUUAUGUGGGGGAAAUAUUUUUUUUCUUUGCUUUUUGGUGAAAAUUAUGUCAUGUAAAUGCUAUGGUGUUAUUUUUUAUUAUUAUUAUCAUCAUUUUCUCUUUCACAUAUCUUAUUUUCUUUUCUGAUUGACUGACCACUUUGUGAAUUAGUGCUCACGUCCCCUCACCCCCUCAGUCAUAUCAACAGCCUCUAAAAGUUAGUUACUAUAACUCUAAAACAGUUACUUUCAUGCAUCUUUUCCCCGCAAGGCGACGACGCAAACAUUUUCUUUCAUUUUUGUACAUUAAAAAGAAAUAAUUGUGCCAAGUCUCUGAGUACACAGAUUACCAUACCAAUGUUGUAUUGAAUGUAUUAUGGGCUGUUGAACAAAGGAAAGAUGUUUAGAUUCCUAACAAUGACAUUUUUGAUUAUAGUGUGCUUAAAAAAGUACAGGAAAAAAAAGAGGAAGAAAAAUAAAAGAACAAAAAAGGCAGGGUUUCAUUCCAAGACUCAUGUCGCCAUGAUUACUCAGUAGGUGGAUAAACAGUGUUGAAGGUAUGCUUUGUUGUAUUUUGGAAAUGGGUCCGUCAUUUACCACGCCUGCCUAGCAGCUUUGAUAAGGCAGGCGUCAAAGUAGCAAAAUAUCCUGUAUCGUAUCUUUAUAUUUUAAUAUAGUGUAGGCUUUUGUUUGAAAGUGGGACCAGCUUUUCUCAUCCAACCAGGAGCACUAACACAAACCAUGACUUUGUACAGUGUGAAUGGAGGAACAUCGCUGCACUUUUGUUUAUAUUUUUCUUAAGAAAAAGUUCUACAGCCUAUUCUUCAUGCUUGUUCUGAUUGUUUUAACGGUUUACUGCAAUUAGUAGGAAAAGGCAGAGCCCGAGUUCAGCUGUUUCAAAACCUGCAGUUCUUUAGAAGAAACCUCUUUCCACAGGCGUCAGAGCAAAGCGCUUUGUUUUUUAACUCGGUUCUUUUGAGCUGAAAUCCCAUGGCUGCCAACUGCAGUUUUUUGGCUGCAAGUUUUGCCAAAAUACUUGAAUAACCAAAUCAGAAAAAAAGUACUCUGCUGCAAGUUUUUUUUUUUCCUUCCCUAACAAAAUUAUAUUCUAGGGAGUGAACGGAGACGAUCACUCUCUAUUACCGUUCAAGCCCAAUUAAAUGAUGCAGCAAAUUGUCCUUUUUUUUUUUAGAAUAGCUUUUAAGAGCAGCAUCUUCAUUCCUAAGGACGGUGCCUUGCAAGAGUAUCAAUUCCCCCUUUAGUGUUUUUGCAUUUGCUCAUAUGAUAACCACAAACUUCAGUGUAUUUAUCUAGUUUUAAUGUGAUAAACCAACACAAAGUAGUACCCAACUUUGAAGUGAAAGUAAAAUAAUUGAUUUUCAAAAUUAAAACCAAAAAAUCUUAAAAAUUUACAGACAGAAAUGUUUACCCAUUAUUCCUUACUAAAUAGCUCAAAGUGACUAGGUUGGAUGAAGAGCAUCUGUAAACAUCAAUUUUCAUGUUUUGCUAAACAUUUUCAAUUAGAUUUAGGCCUGAGCCAUUCGAACAAAUGGAGCUCCGGCUGCUCCGGUAGCUCCAGCUGUGUUCAGGAUCUUUGUUUAUUAUUGAACUUUGCCCAAGUCUCAAAUCUUUUGCAAUCUCUAGUUUUUCUUCUUUUCAAGGAUUAUCCUGUGUUUAGCUCCAUCCCUCUUCCCAUCAAAUCUGACCGGCUUCCCUGUCCCUUCUGAAGAAAAGCAUCCUCACAGCUUGAUGCUGUCACCACCAUUUUCACGGUUUGCUAAGUGUGUUCAUGGGGAUAGUUGUGCACCACACACUAUUUUGCAUGUAGGCCAUGAAGUUCACUUUGAUCCAAUCAGAGCACAUUUGUCACCUUUUUGUGGUCUCUCAUAAAUGGCUUUUGGCAAACUGCAGAGAGAUACUCAUUUGUCAAUGAACAGUUUAAUAAUUUUGUAGAUUAUAAUAGAGGUCAGAUUUUUAGAGUGCACCACUUAUUGUUGUCCUGUCAAGAAAUUCUUCCACCUUGGCUGUGGCUCUCUGCAACUCCUCCAUUGUUACCAUGGGCCUCUUGCCUACUUCUUUGAUUAAUUCUCUUCUUUCACUGAUUGUCACUUUAGGCCCUGGAACAUUUGCUGUUAUGCUAUUGUUUUUCCCUUUUCAGAAGGGAUUGCACAGUGCU